AUGGCAUUUAAACGCAUGAUCAACACUAGAGGAAUGCCCCAAACUAUGUUCAGUGACAACGCAAAAACCUUUAAAAGAGCAGAAAAAGAACUAAUGGAAACAAUUCAAAUGGCAAAUCAAAAACUAAAAAAUGCUGCAGACACAUAUAAAUUUGCAUGGAAAUACUCCACAGAACUCGCGCCCCACAUGGGGGGAGUAUGGGAACGACUCGUAAAAUCAAUCAAAGUACCCUUACGAAAAGUGUUAGGACAGGCCCUAGUAACGUACACAGAACUCAUCACUAUCUGUAAGGAAAUUGAAGGACAAGUGAAUGACCGACCGCUCGCAGCUGCGUCGGAGGAUACACUCCAAGUCAUCACCCCCUCACUAUUGAUUUUAGGGCGAAAAAUUAGACCAUGGGUAGACAAAUUUAGCGAAACCACAUUUGCCCAACCACAAGACAUCAGAGAACGGUGGAAAUAUCGCAACCAGCUUACUCAACAAUUUUGGAACGCGUGGAAAAAGACAUACCUCCCAUCUCUUCAACAAAGGCACAAAUGGUACUCCAAAUGCCCCAAUAUCAAAAUAGGGGAUUUAGUCCUAAUCGAAAAAGAGAACAUAAAAAGAAAUGAUUGGCCAGUAGCUAGAGUCCAACAAGUUGUUACAGGCAGAGAUGGCCUUGUCCGGUCACUGCACCUCCGAAUCCCGUCCAAAGGUCCAGGCCCAACGACGCACAAAAUUGUUACCAGAAGCGUACACAAUGUCUUCCCAUUGGAGGCCACGAUCGAAUCACGACAUGAUCACGAUGUAGGCCAACCAAUUGUAAACAAACGCCUGUUGCAAUCGACAGCCGGAACGUCUCCAAAAAAGCGACAAAAAGACGCUCCGUCACGACAAAGAAUUCACUUCUGUCC